UCGUGUAGAACGCGUUACGCGCCGCGAAAUUCGUACCAUUUAUACCAGUGCUCGUGUUUUGUGACCAUCACGAUGAAAGCCAUAACUGCUGUGUGCGCAACCGGAGCGUCCGUGCCGGCGAUCGCCAGCGGACGAGUUCAGAGACAUCGGGACGGCGAAAACGCCGAAAUCCAGAUGUAUCUUUCCAAGUUACAAGACCUGGUGCCGUUCAUGCCCAAGAACAGGCGGAUCUCAAAACUGGAGGUGAUCCAACACGUGAUUGACUACAUCUGCGACCUGCAAUCGGCUUUGGAGAAUCAUCCUGCAGUGGGCCAAUUUGAGGCUGAGGCGGCGUUGGCGCCUGCGUAUGCCUCACCCCCCAGGCCGCGUCGCCGUCCUCUCGGACCCCGACCGGCGCCCAACACCAUCCUCCCCGCUGACAAGGCCGUAUCCACAACACACCACUCCAGCCACACGACCCCAGAAAAACAAGAUCAACCAGACAGGCCGAUGUCGUGUUAAGUGAUCAAUAGUUUAUAAGGACAUUUUUAUUAAUGGUGAACUUCAAUACCUCGAGGUGCAUGGGAAGCGCUCCGCGAGAGAAGGAUGGUGGCAGUACCUCAGGUUCAGGAGCCUCCUGCAUCAGUUCCAGUGAACUUCAUCUCACGAUGAUAUCCUAAGUACGAUCUCGUUAAGAUCAAUGUAAUACGUUAAUUUAAUUAUUUCGUGGCAUUACGUGCAGAAGAAGACUAAAGCAUUGCAAUGCAAUCGGCCGCUUUGUACUCCGGCCGACGGCAACCAAGGCGUCGUCGUUGCAGAGGCGUUUGUUUUGUUAUAAUGUUAAUGUAAAAAGCUUUAUUAGUUAUUAAUUUAGGUUGAUGUACGUGAACGUGUUUGUAAAUAUUAAUGUUGAGUGAUUUACGACAUCUAGAUAAUUUUUAGUAUUUUCUUCACAAAAAGAAUUAUACAGUACUUUUCUCAUAUCACACAAUAGGAUGCAAUAAACAUUUCCUUCUAUUCAUAAAUUUUUCACAAUGAUAAAAAAGUUUUUUUUUAAUUAGGUAUUUAGUUUUAAAACGAUGCUUCCAUUUAUAUCAAAGACGUAAAUCAAUUCAAAGUUGAUUUACCUAUAUAAUUAUAUUAUUUUAAGUUAUAAAAAAUUCUUAAGUGUGAUUAUGCAUGGCGAUUUUGUUGCUCUUAUAGAUUAUAAAAAUAUAAGUUCUAAACGCAUAAUUACUAUUAUUAAUUUAUCGUUCUGCGUUUAGUUCAAAUUAUGAUUGUAAAUAGUGUAUGUAAUUAUAUGAAAAAUUAUAUAAAAAAUUUAGCGAAAAAUUAUCAAAUUUAAUACCUUUUAUGAUUUUAUAUUGAAUAUAAGGUGAAAAUGCUUUAAUUAUCUUAUAUAAUCCUUUAUUAAUGGCGUAUUAUGAUUUUAAACAGACUGUUAUAGUUUUAGUUAUGUUCGGGUUGCGUUAUAAAUGAUGACAAAUUGUAUUGUUAAUAUAGCAUGACGUAUGGGUAAGAUAGUGGGGUAAAACCGAUCUCAGUAUGGAAAUUGUUUUAUGUCUUAAGAAAUCGUGUCCAUAAUAUUUGUUUUACAUAACAAAGAUCACUUAUGGUUGCGUUGGCCACGUAAAUAGAUAGGCUAGUUAUCAGAUCAAGGACUAAAAGACUUCGCUUACUCAGUUUCCAUAAUGAAAGCGUAACCUCACUUAUACCAAUCUUUGACCACACAUUUGUAACUAGAUUUCAAUAUUCGUCACAAAAUAUAUAAGUUGACUGAUUCACAAAUAUUUGAUGUAUCUUUCGUAUUUCUCUUCAUCAAUUCGCACUGAUUUUUGUAUAAGUACCUACCGCAAAAGAAAAUAAAAAGCAUUAUUGAAUUAUUCAUA